ACUUGUAAAGUGUGUCAAGACUCUGAUAAAACCGAGUAUAAAGUUAAGUGUACAAUUCCGACGAACAGGAUACAAGUAGAACAAGGAAACAGAAAGUGGAACCAUUUGCUACUAAUUCUAACAGGAGAAUGUUUCACGGGCAUCACCACGCACGCGAGGCGAACAGAGCACACAGGGAUGAGAUGCGGCACGAGGCUAGAGAGGCCAAUCUACGACAUAAGGCGGCCAGAGCCAUGAUGCAUGGGAACGUCUUCAGAGCCAUGAAUUUACAGGCGAAGGCAGAAAAUCAACAUCAGAGAGCGGAGAUGGCACAUAACAGAGAAAUGUUUGCAAGAGAGGCUAUGUAUCACCAUCACCACCACCACUGCCCCCCUCCCCCGCCGUGUGGGGGGCCGGUGCCACCGGUGGGCUCUGCGUACCCGGCGUACCCCCAGCCCUACCCUACUUCAUACCCAGUAGGUGUCGUUGCUCCGCCACCGUCAGGUCCUCCUCCUCCUUACAGUGCUCCAGCCUACCCUCAGCCAGGAAGUCCUUACCCACCCCCUCCAUCUAAUCCAUAUGGAUAUCCACCACAUUAAUAACUUGUAUAUAUAGACUCAAACAACAAGUUUCUACGCAGCAAGAAAACUGUGAAAUGUACCUUGUAUGGACUUCAAGAAUAUAACAUUUAUCUGUGAUGGACUCCUUAGCACUUCCUAGGAUCCAAAGUGAUCUACAGAACAUUGUCAAGUAAUGAAAUACGAGAGGGCUAGCCCUCGUUUUCCAGUGGCUGUCCUUUGUAUUUUAUUAUAAAAAUAUUUAAAUUAUUAAAAAAUAUAUCUAACGUUGUAACUUGAAAUGAGGAUAUAAAGUACAGAGGCUAACAAAAAUCUAGAUUGACAUUUACGCGUACCUUAGCCAGUAAAUUACUGGUAUCUUGGUGAAAUACUAGUAUAUAGUUUAGCCUUCUGUGGCACUAAAUAAAACAUGUUUAAUACAUAUCAUGAUGUUAUGAAAAUGUGAGUUUCACUACACGUAGAAGUAAAAUGAAAAAUGAAGGGAGAACUGAUUAAAUAAAAGA